AUGGCUAAACACAGAUGUGAUAUGAUGAGCUGCCUGAAUUCCUUCCUUGAUCUCCCCUGCAAUGAAGGACUGUAUCCUAUGACCUAUAUAACUGGAAGGCCCAAAAUACACCAUUCUCUUGGGACCCCCCAAGACUUAACUAACCUUUUGGAGACAGUUUUAUUCACUCACCAGCCCACAUGGGAUGAUGUAAAUCAGCUAUUGGGGGUCCUCUUCACCACGGAGGAGAGAAACCGGAUUCUGGAGAAUGCUCGGAAACUAGUUCCAGGACCCACAGGCACCCACUUAGUGGAUCCUGCCUUGGCAACAGCUGCUUUUCCAUCCACUUGCCCUAACUGGGACUAUAAUACAGCAGAAGGUAAGGAGAGUCUCUGUGUAUACCACCAAGCUCUGUUGGCAGGUCUCAAGGCUGCUACGCACAUGCCUACUAAUAUGGCAAAAAUUUAUGAUGUAAGGCAGGGGAAUAGAGAAAGCACAGCAUACCUAGAGAGGUUGAUGGGGGCCUUCAAACAAUACUCCCCAUACAACCCAGAGUCUGAGGAAGCCCAACAAGCAGUUAUUCUAGCCUAUGUGAACCAGGCAGCACCAGAUAUUAGAAAAAAGCUACAGUUGCCAGAAAGACUAGGGAAGAGGAGUCUGAGGGACUUAGUGGCAGUGGCGGAAAAGGUUUAUAAUGAAAAAGAGACAGAGGAACAAAAGGAAGAGAAAAGGGAAAGAGAACGUCAAGAGAGAGAGGACAAGAGAGAUAGGAGGCAAGAGAAGAGCCUGACCAAGAUAUUGGAACAGCAACAGACACAGAUGGAGAGAGUGCUCCUGGCUGCAGAAGCAGGAAGCUAUGAGAAGGAGAAAAGGUCCUGGCCUAAGCUAGGAAAGAACCAGUGUGCGUACUGCAAGGAAGAAGGACACUGGGCUAGAGAAUGCCCUAAAAAUAAGAGUAAGAGAGAGACGUCAGUGGGACUAGGAAGGAAGUCAACUUCCAUCCUUGCCACCCUGGAGGAAGACAGCGACUAGGGAGGAUGGGGCUCGGCCCCCCUCCCUGAGCCUAGGGUAACUCUAAGAGUGGAGGGGAAACCUGUCCACUUCAGUGAUACUGGAGCAGAAAGUUCAGUCCUCUUGACACCCGGGGAACCCCUGUCAAGAAAACAAACCUGGGUACAGGGAGCAACGGGCACUAAACCUUACCAAUGGACUACCCGAAGAACAGUGGACUUGGGAGUGGGACGGGUAACCCACUCAUUCCUAGUCAUUCCUAAGUGCCAAUACCCCCUAUUGGGGCGUGGUCUGCUUGCUAAAAUGAAGGCACAGAUCCACUUCACUGAUAAGGGUGCUCAAGUCAAACACCCUGAUGGGAAGGCUAUUGGAGUGUUUUUGACAAUGCCUUUGGAGGAAGAAUACCACCUCCAUGAACAAGCGCAGUCCUCCAUCAAAUGUGCUGACACACAGAUCUGGCUUCAACAAUUCCCCACCACAUGGGCUGAGACAGGGGGAAUGGGGUUGGCCAAACAUAGCCCCCCAGUUUAUGCGGAACUUAAGACCAACGCAGACCCAGUGAAGGUCCGCCAGUAUCCCAUGACCCUGGAAGUCAUAAAGGGAAUCACCCCCCAUGUGAGACGACUCCUACAAGAGGGAGUCUUAUGGUCCAUUCAGUCUGCAUGGAACACACCCCUCCUACUGGUUAAAAAGCCACAGAUGAAUGACUACUGCCCUGUCCAAGACCUUCGAGAAGUCAACAAAAGGGUAAUGGGCAUUCACCCCACUGUGCCCAACCCUUAUACUCUGCUAAGCAUGCUCCCUCCAGAUAAAGAAUGGUAUACUAUCCUAGAUUUAAAAGAUGCUUUCUUUAGUCUCCCACUCGCAUUGAGCAGCCAAGGUUAUUUCGCCUUUGAGUGGCAUGACCCAGACAUUGGAAUAAGUGGGCAACUGACUUGGACGAGACUGCCACAAGGAUUCAAGUAUUGGCCCACCAUAUUUGAUGAGGCUCUCCAUGAAGAUCUGGGUGAGUACCACUCCCAGCACCGUGUCUCUCUUCUACAAUAUGUAGAUGAUAUACUAAUAGCCACCAGGUCAGAAGAGGAGUGCCUUGGUGAAACUGAAGAUCUUCUAAGGACACUGGGGACACUGGGCUAUUGGGCCUCAGCCAAAAAGGCCCAGAUCUGCAGGAAACAGGUAACUUACCUAGGGUAUGUGCUGAAAGAGGGAAAGAGAUGGCUGUCCGAGGCCAGGAAAGAAACAGUGUUAAAAAUAUCAAUACCUAGGAUGGUAAGGCAAGUCAGAGAGUUUCUGGGCUCUACGGGGUUUUGCAGACUGUGGAUCCCAGGAUAUACUGAAAUUGCUCGCCCCCUCUAUGAGGCCACGAAAGAACAGACUUUGACUUGGAACUCUGAAAGGUUUUUGCCUUCAAAAGCUAACCUCCCCAAGAAAGGGCAAUUCUCCUUCCUGCCUUGCUGUGCCGGGUGCUGA